UUGCUUGGAAAAGCAAAAGUGGAAAUUACAAUUAUACAGUCAUAAAUUUAGGUGCACUUCCCACACAACCCAAUCUUAAAUACACACAACAUCCGGGAGUAUAUCCCAUCUCUAACAAUUAUAAAAUAGAAGUCUCUUGGGGACGUAAUAAAAGAAAUCAUGUUCAAGCAUCUAUUAAUUAUGUUAAACAAAUUCCACAUUUUGAAAUUGAGUGGAUACAUGAUAAACAGAAAUAUACAAUUGUUUCACAAAUUUCACCUUCGGAUAUAUCCGCCAAAUAUUAUAAUGAAGAAAAAUAG